ACUCUUAAAUAUGUCCAGAAGUCAGAGCAUUGUGUAAUGUGUGUGUGUGUGUGUGUGUGAGUGAGUGUGUGUGUACAGCAAAUGCUUCAACUUUUCCUGUGAUGAGACUGGAACUCUGAGAGUUGGGAAAACAUUAUUAUAUACCUCAGCACCACCGAGACCCAUUUACACGUUCAUUCAUACGCAGGGAUAAAAAACAGGUGGAUGUGUUUAGGAGAUCAGAUGAAACUUCAAUGGACACGGUGACCUGUCCUGGAGUGCACCUACCAUGGAAGGAUGACAUUUACCUCAGUGUGUGCCUGAUGAACCAGUACAGAAUGACACAAUGUCUACCAGCUGUGUUCCCAUUACGGUUUAAGAUGAAAAUGACGUUUGACAAGAUAUUCAAGUACGCCAGUGAUCCUGCAGAUAUUGCUGAAAUGUUACAGUGUGAGACUGUAAAAGUUGAGCUCAUACAGUUGAUUCCUCCAGUUGGGGAAGUGUUGGCCAUAUAUGAGCUCGAUGCUAGAAGUUUUCUUUUCCCAGAGCCUAAGCUGGUGCCUUCUUUUUCUGGAGAAGACCGUGAAGUGCUUAUGAGAAGAGACCCCACUUUCCCUGGUAUUUCUCCAAGAUUAGAGUUCUCCACCAGGACAAAAAUCAGCGAAUGUUCUGAGAGAGAUCUUUCCCGGAGCCUCCCUGUGAGAAUAUUAACAAGGAAAAGAGCAAAGUCUUCCAAGCAUCAGGGCUGCUUAUUUGCACCACAAGGCCUCAGGAGCAUAAGGAUGCAAAGGUCUCGUUCCCUCUCCCCGUUCAGGAGCUCUGGUUCAGUCUGGAACAACACUAAACCUGUAAAUCAAACAUGCUCUCUCACUGAUAACUCCUCAGACACAGAUGAGCUCCUUGACAACACAGGGAAACCGUCCCAGUGCAAUCGUGCAUCGAGACAUGAGGGAUCUCCCAGCUCAGCUGCACUGACUCGCUUCAAAAUAGCCUACCCAAAGAUGAACAGGUUUGAUUCUUUAUUGUGUUCACCAAAUUCAUUGGAGGAGGUUCAGGAGCGAGUGUGCAGUCUGCUCACCUCUCCCAAAGCCAUGCACAGACUGGCCUAUGGUGCAACGAAGUCUGAAAGAGAUGAGGUGCUGGAACGCAGGUUCAUAUCGCAACCCUCGACUUUCUGAGAGCAAGAGUAAAAUACUAAAAUAUGAAUAUUUAUGAACAUCUUCACAAGAAUGCCUCAAUAUUAAAAAGAUUUUUCCAUUAUAUAACAUUGAUAUAAGUAACAUAAUUAUAUUAUACACUCACCGAACCCUUUAUUAGGAACACAAUACUAAUACUGGUUAGAGCUCUCAGAAUAGCAUCAUUUCUUCAUGGCAUGGAUUCCAUGAGAUGUUGGAAAUAUUCCUUUGAGAUUGUGGUUCAUGUUGACAUGAUUACAUCACACAAUUCCUGCAGAUUUUUCAGGAGCACUUUCAUACUGAGAAUCUCUAACCAUCCCAAAGGUGUUUCUCCUGAAUUCAGAUCUGGUGACUGGGAAGAACACUGAAGAACUCAAACCAGGUUGUGAUGACUUUUGCAUUGCAGUGAUGAUUGAUUGGUAUUAAUUGGACCAGUGUGUAACAAGAAAACAUCCCCCACACCAUUACUCCACCUCACCAGCCUGGACUGAACUCUCCAUUGGUGCCAAAUUUUGGCUCUACCAUCUGUGUGCCUCAGUAGUAAGAUUAAUCAGACAGGCUGUGUUUUUUUCAGUCUUUAAAUGCCGUUUUGCUGAGUCUGUGCCCACUGCAGCCUUAACUUUGUGCUCUUGGUUGACAGAAGUGGAACGUUGGCUGUAUCUGCAUUAUGUUAUGAAUUGCAGUGCUGCCACAUGAUUGACUAAUAAGAUAAUUGCAUAAAUAAAUCUGUUGAGAUUUUCCUAAUCAAGUGCUCAGUGAGUGUAUAUAAUAUCAAGAUAUAAUAUCAUUUACUCAAAAC